AUGGACUCGCCCCGUAUCCAGUCCGAUACGGAAGGUUUCAACGACUCUGAUUGCAAUGACGCCGACUCUCUGCUCAGCGACUUCGACUUUCCAGCACAAAAUCCAGUACCAGAACAAAUGUCGCAACCGCGCGAGGUUUCAAACACGUCUCCUCCGCAGGAUGAAGCUCCUUUGGCGUUUUACUCUAUCUCGUCGAAAUCCGCCCUCAAAACCCCACCCAAGAUGGCGAACACGAUGUUAGAUGACCAUUGUGAUCGCGCAGAUGAAGACCUUUUGAAUCCUCGCGGAAGCACAUCCGAGAAUGGUUCACCAAUUUCUACGGAUCAGGGUGACGCGAUAUCCGGGUCUCCAGGACCCAAGGUCGAAGAUGGGAUCAACCUCGGUACUCCUAACAUAAAGCGCGUUCAGACGGUCCAUCAACACCCGCUCGAGAAAGAUAUCGGGACCAGUGACAUAAUUUCUCCGCAAGAGAAAUCACCGUUCCAGAAGUCAAAGUCGAAGAAGAAAUCGAAGAAGCAGGGGGCGGUCAAGGUCGAACCGAUAGCUAAACAGGUUCAGACGCAUGCCUUACGUCUCUUUGGCCGUAAAACCGCCCGAUCACCGUUUCGCCGGUCCAAGCUUGCCACCCUGGCUGAGGCAGAUGCCUUCGAUGAGAAAGCUGGGAAGCCGUGCUGUACCCCCGACACAUUCAAGGUGUCCUUCGACGCGCCCCCUGGGCACUCAUUCAACAAGUCGGCGAUUCGCGUGUUCGCGCAGAGCUUCCUACAGAGCCACGAACGCAGCGCCCAGGAUGAGGACCUCAUCGUGGAGAAAUUCUAUCGGCACUUUCGAACGCUGAGAGACAAUCUUCCCAAAUACGGCAUUGAAGAGGACGUUGACACACAGGCACACGGGGAAGACACGAAGGAAGUCGAAGCAGGCGAGCACGACAAGCACACCGAGGGGGUUUCCAAGGUUUGCACACGUGCCCAGGCGGGAUCGAAGUCGAAACGUGGGUAG